AUGCUUUGCGCAAUCUCUGGCGAAGCUCCCCGCGAACCCGUUGCCUCGCGCAAGUCGGGCAAUGUCUUCGAAAAGCGCCUGAUCGAGGCGCACAUCUCGGAACACCACACCGACCCCGUUACUGGCGAAGACCUCGCGACCGAGGACCUCAUCGAGCUCAAGUCGCCCAAUGUCGUUACCCCACGCGCCCCCAGCUUCACCUCGAUACCCGCCAUGCUCAGCGCCUUCCAGAACGAGUGGGAUGCCCUGGUACUAGAGACACACACGCUCAAGCAGCACUUGGCGCAAACGAGGCAGGAGCUGAGUACGGCGCUCUACCAGAACGACGCUGCGACACGGGUCAUCGCGCGCAUAUCAAAAGAGCGAGACGAGGCGCGCGAAGCUCUGUCCAACGUCACCGUCAGUGGAGGCGGCGGCCAGGGCGAUGCGAUGCAGGUGGACGGCCAGGGCCUGCCUGAGGAGCUUGCCGCCCUCGUUGACGAAACACAGAAAGAGCUGUUCGGCUCGCGACGAAAGAGACCCGUACCCGCAGGCUGGGCCUCUGGAGACGCCAUCUCCAACUACGACAUUGCCAAGACGACCGACUCGCUUUUCCCAGGCAGCAGCUGCAUCGCUGUCAACGAGGCUGAGCUGGUCCUAUUCGGUGGAGCUGAUGGUACCGCGGGUGUCUACUCGCUGGUCCAAGGCAAGGUUCUGGAGACAUUCAACGCUGGCGGCGCCGUCACUUCGACAGCAUGGUGGGGAGAGCGCGCUCUUAUCGGCACUUCGACAGGCACAGUCAAGGUCUUUUCCAACGGCGAUGAGGUUGCCCAGAUCGGAUCACACGCUGGCGCCGUCACAUCCAUGUCGCUACACCCCAGCGGCAAGAUGCUCGCUACCGCCGGCGCCGACAAACGCUACGCAAUCCACGAGCUCACCACUUUCAAGACCGUUUCGCAAGUCUACGUCGAAGCCGAAAUCACCUGCGUCUCCUUCCACGUCGACGGCAUGCUCUUCUUCCUCGGAAGCUCCGACGGCAACAUCCGGAUAUACGAUAUCAAGACUGGUGCCAAGAUGGCUGAACUCGAGACUGGCGCGCCCGUUGCGGAUCUGAAGUUCUCCGAGAACGGAACGUGGUUCGCCGUAGUACAGCAGAAUUCCUCCAGCGUCGCGAUUUGGGAUAUCCGGAAGCAGGCAGCAAUUCACACAUUGGAAUCUGGCAGCCCAGUCACCAGCUGCAGCUGGGACUACACCGGCACGUUCCUCGCGAUUGCCGGCACGGGCAGCGUCUCUGUGCAACAAUACACCAAGGCGUCGAAGAGCUGGGCUGAGCUGGUGAGGAAGGCAGCUCCAGCGAAGGACGUCGCCUGGGGUGGCAAGGCCGAGAAUGUAGUCGCCCUGAACCCAGAGGGUGGCUUGGUUGUAUUGGCAGCAGUUUGA